AUGGUGGAAGCGUGGUAUAUGGACGAGUCCGCGGACGACCAGAGGAAGCCCCACCGACUGGAGCCCGACCGCCCGGUCGGCCUGGAGCAACUGCGUCAGCUUGGUGUCUUUUACUGGAAAUUGGAUGCUGACAAAUAUGAGAAUGAUCCAGAAUUAGAAAAGAUCCGAAAAGAGAGAAACUACUCCUGGACCGACAUAAUAACAAUAUCCAAAGAUAAACUACCAAAUUAUGAAGAAAAGAUUAAAAUGUUUUACGAGGAGCAUUUACACUUGGAUGAUGAAAUUCGAUACAUUCUGGAUGGAAGUGGCUACUUUGAUGUGAGAGAUAAAGAGGACAAGUGGAUCCGGAUCUUCAUGGAGAAAGGAGACAUGAUAACCCUUCCUGCAGGCAUUUACCACCGCUUCACCCUGGAUGAAAAGAAUUAUGUCAAGGCCAUGCGGCUGUUUGUUGGGGAGCCAGUAUGGACUGCGUACAACCGGCCCGCCGACCAUUUCGAUGCUCGAGGACAGUACAUGAAGUUUUUGGCACAGACGGCAUAG